AUGCUGCUGCCACAGCGCAGCGGCGCAGGACGACCCCGCGACGAGUCGCUCGACCACAGCAGCUGGCGGCGCGACGAGCAUCAGAGCAGCGAUGCUCGCAUCUGCGUCCAGCCCAGCCGUAGCGCUGCCGGUGGUCAGCUCAAUGCUAAGCAGCUCAACAACCGCAUCUCUGCUGCCAGCGGCACCGAAGAGCUGCUUACGCUCUUCGCUGCCCACAGCACGAGCUUGGAUCACAUCCACGCAGGAAACUUGUGGAACAAGCUCGGCAAGCAGAACAUUGAGCGGCGGCACGAGGAGCAGCUUGAGCAGCUGGUGCAGCGCACGCUCGACCUCGUCGCGUCAUGCGAAGCACGCAAUCUGGCGAACGUAGCUCACGGCGUUGCCAAGUGCCGGCUGCCAGCGAGUGUGGAUACGUCGAGGUGGAGCACGCAGGACCGCGUUCAGCUUCACCAGUGGCAGCUCUGGCUCUCCCUUGAGCGAGGAGCAGACGGGCAGCAGCAUCUCCUCUCCGAGUCCCAGCGCCAGCUCUGCCGCGACGCCAUGCAACACACGCAAGUGACGAUAUCGCGCUUGCAGCGCUCGGUUGCAGCUGCCCUCGCCGCCGUCCAUUCUGGCUUCGAGGAGGAGUAUCUCGAGCCACGCACCGGCUACUCGCUCGACCUGGCGCUGCCCUCGACACGCAUCUCGAUCGAGGUGGACGGCCCCUCUCACUUCCUGCUUACCGACGGCCGGGGCGUGCGCAGACCCAACGGGCCCACGCUGCUCAAGCGGCGCCUCCUCGCGGCGGCAGGCUGGCGGGUGAUCAGCGUUCCAUUCUUCGAGUGGAACGCCUUGUCGACGGCCAGCGAGCGGCAAACCUACCUGGAGAGGGCGGCGGUCGCCCCGCCGCAGUAA